AGAGAGGAGAGCGAGCGAGUUGAGGGAUUGACACAAAUGGUCAGGCGGCGGCGGCGGAGAAGGAGGCGGAGGCGCAGGGGGGAGUCGAGGCCACUGGGCUGCGGAGAGUUGCGCGCUCUACCGGGCCGCGGCCACUAGCGCUGCGCGGCCAGCCGGGAACAAGCGAGCCGAGGGCCAGGAAGGCGGGACGCGACCCCGGCGCGCCGGAGCCACCCGGGCUCUCCCCGCCGCCCACGCUUCAUGAAUCGCAAGUUUCCGCGGCGGCGGCGGCUGCGGGACGCGGAUCGGGAACCGGGGGAGCGGGCUGAGCGCGGCUCAGACUCGACGGAGGGCACCGGCACGGAAGAGAUCUCUCUGGCCGCAGGGGGAGCCUCUGCCGGCUGCGCCACUGCCAGCCCCAGCCGGGCGGCGCCAAGAAAGGAGCCGAGAAAGUAUGGCUGAAGAGGAGGCGCCUAAGAAGUCCCGGGCCGCCCGCGGCCGCGCGAGCUGGGAACUUUAUGCCGGGGCAUUCCCGGCUGGACGGGUGGCGGAGGGGAGCGGCGACGCGGGAAGCCGGCGCCGCCGCCGUCCCCCAGCUGACUCUGGACGCUUGGCGCGCCGGCUCUUGCUUCUGCUUUGGCUGCUGGAGGCUCCGCUGUUACUGGGGGUCCGGGGGCAGGCGGUGGGCCAAGGGCCCGGGCCGGGGCAGCAGCCACCCCCGCCGCCGCCUCAGCAGCAGCAGAGCGGGCAACAGUACAACGGCGAGAGGGGCAUCUCCAUCCCGGACCACGGCUACUGCCAGCCCAUCUCCAUCCCGCUGUGCACGGACAUUGCGUACAACCAGACCAUCAUGCCCAACCUUUUGGGCCACACGAACCAAGAGGAUGCGGGCCUCGAGGUACACCAGUUCUACCCCUUGGUGAAGGUGCAGUGCUCCGCGGAACUCAAAUUCUUUCUUUGCUCCAUGUACGCGCCCGUGUGCACGGUGCUGGAGCAGGCUCUGCCGCCCUGCCGCUCCCUGUGUGAGCGCGCGCGCCAGGGCUGCGAGGCGCUCAUGAACAAGUUCGGCUUCCAGUGGCCGGACACGCUCAAGUGUGAGAAGUUCCCGGUGCACGGCGCCGGCGAGCUGUGCGUGGGCCAGAACACGUCGGACAAGGGCACCCCGACGCCCUCGUUGCUGCCGGAGUUCUGGACCAGCAACCCUCAGCACGGCAGCGGGGGUCACCGUGGCGGCGGCUUUCCGGGGGGCGCUGGCGCGUCGGAGCGAGGCAAGUUUUCGUGCCCGCGCGCCCUCAAGGUGCCCUCCUACCUCAACUACCACUUCCUGGGGGAGAAAGACUGCGGUGCGCCCUGUGAACCGACCAAGGUGUACGGGCUCAUGUACUUUGGGCCCGAGGAGCUGCGCUUCUCGCGCACCUGGAUCGGCAUCUGGUCAGUGCUGUGCUGCGCCUCCACGCUCUUCACGGUACUUACGUAUCUGGUGGACAUGCGGCGCUUCAGCUAUCCGGAGCGGCCCAUCAUCUUCUUGUCUGGCUGCUACACGGCAGUGGCCGUAGCCUACAUCGCCGGCUUCCUGCUGGAGGACCGAGUGGUGUGUAACGACAAGUUCUCCGAGGAUGGGGCGCGCACAGUGGCGCAGGGCACCAAGAAGGAGGGCUGCACCAUCCUCUUCAUGAUGCUCUACUUCUUUAGCAUGGCCAGCUCCAUCUGGUGGGUGAUUCUGUCGCUCACCUGGUUCCUGGCAGCGGGGAUGAAGUGGGGUCACGAAGCCAUUGAGGCUAACUCUCAGUAUUUUCACCUGGCCGCCUGGGCCGUGCCGGCCAUCAAGACCAUCACCAUCCUGGCGCUGGGCCAGGUGGAUGGCGAUGUGCUGAGCGGGGUGUGCUUCGUGGGGCUCAACAAUGUGGACGCGCUGCGCGGCUUCGUGCUGGCGCCGCUCUUCGUGUACUUGUUCAUCGGUACGUCUUUCCUGCUGGCCGGCUUCGUGUCCCUCUUCCGCAUUCGUACCAUCAUGAAGCACGACGGCACCAAGACCGAAAAGCUGGAGAAGCUCAUGGUGCGCAUCGGCGUUUUCAGCGUGCUUUACACGGUGCCAGCCACUAUCGUCAUCGCCUGCUACUUCUACGAGCAGGCCUUCCGGGACCAGUGGGAGCGCAGCUGGGUGGCCCAGAGUUGCAAGAGCUAUGCCAUCCCCUGCCCCCACCUCCAGGGGGGUGGAGGCGCCCCGCCGCACCCGCCCAUGAGCCCAGACUUCACAGUCUUCAUGAUCAAGUACCUUAUGACGCUGAUCGUGGGCAUCACGUCAGGCUUCUGGAUCUGGUCCGGCAAGACCCUCAACUCCUGGAGGAAGUUCUAUACCAGGCUCACCAACAGCAAACAGGGAGAAACCACCGUCUGAGACCCGGGGACUCAGCCCAUUCCCAGUCGUCGGCUUCGUCCUAGCCACCCCUGUAAAGCUGGCCCCGUGGAAACCUUGCCAAACCUGGCUACUUGAGGUUUCCUCACUAGCCAUUCACUUUUCGCAGGCUCCUUUUAACAACGCAGCUCCUGCAAAAGCUUCCGUCCCUGGGGGCAAACGGACUGGAGGGCCCAACUACAGCAGGGGGGACGGACAGACCUCUCUCGUUCUCACACUCUGGUACCAGGACUGUACGCUUUUAUGAUUGUAAAUAGCCUGUGUAAGAUUUUUGUAAGUAUAUUUGUAUUUAAAUGACCGAUCACGCGUUUUUCUUUUUCUUUCUCCCCCUCCCUUUUUGGUUUUGUUUAAAUUUUAAUUAAUUAGGGCUGUUUAACCUUUUGAGGCUUUCUCCUUCUUUCCCUUUUCCAAGUACUGCAGAGGUAAAACAGGAGCUCGAGGUGCUCUCGCUGUUAUGGCGCGCCCCUCCCUGCAGCGGUCGGGUGCGUCUGGGGCUGAGCGGCCCAGGUUACUUUCCACCUCCUCUUUCUGCUCCCCGCUUUCCCUUCGGUGUUUGGCGUCAGGGCUCUUUAGAUAGAGAACUCCAGGGGGGUAGGCCUUUGCCCAUCCCAGGUGUGCUCUUGUUGGGGGAGGGGGCAGAUUGUGAAGGCCUUGUCCCUUUGACUAUCCGAAACUGAAUUUUUCCACUGUGGAGAACCUUCCCCCUAGCUUCAAGGAGGCCCACUAGAUACGGGCUAUGGCACUCCCAGCCUCCCUUCCCACUGGCCUCCAAACGCCGAGGCACUCUCUUCUUCCACCUAAGUUGCUUAGAGGGUGAGUGGGAUGACCAGUGCCAAACUUUUUCAAGUCUUAAUUUUUGGUGGAUGAGCUCAUUUCAUUCUCUAGUGUCUAAAACCUGGUAUGGGUUUGGCCCGCAUCACGGAAAGAUGUGGUUGCUGAGAUUUGGGAAGAGGCACAAAGCUUUGUGUGAGUUGGGAGGGACUGAAAAUAGGGGUUAUAAAAUGUUAAUUUUAAUUGCAUACUGAUGCCUGGCAAACUGCCUCUAGGACCGAGACAGCGCUAGAUUUUACCUUUCUGUAAAAUGGAAACAUGAGGGCACCUGGAAAGCUUUGUUAAGGAGUUGAUCUCUGCUUUCCUUAACCGGACAGCAGGAUGUAAGCUGAAUAGGAAAACUUGAAGGAGAUUUCAGUGUAAUGGGCUUCCUCCAAAUGAAGUGCUCCUUUCUUAUUUUUAAUCAAAUAAUAAUUAGACAUAGAUCAGAAACUUUAAAAUGUAAACGUUGUACAUUUUCAACAUACUAUGAUGAUGAUUAUUCAGCUACACAUUCUGAGGGAAGAACAAUCCACAUUAAAAAUAAUCUUGUAAAAUUUGGGGAGGUAAAGGAGGUGAAAUAAUUGAUGGGGUUAGCUCCUGAAAUAAACAGAAUAUGGGCAUGCACAUGGUAAAGGGAAAGUGUGUGCAGUUCUCCUGCAUUGAAUCCUGUAUGCUCCUUUUUGGAUUUACAGAAAUGUGUCAAAUGUAAGUCUUUCAAAGCCAUUUAAAAAUAUUCACUUUAGUUCUCUGUGAAAAAGAGGAGGAAGACCGUCCUCUUGAUUGUAUUGUUUUAAAUUUUAAAAGUUUAUCAAAAUGCCAGUACUUAGGACCUAAAUUUAUCUAUGUCUUUCAUACCCUAAAAUGACAAUGGUCUUUGGAUUUGGUAUGCAUUUAUUCUGUUCACUAUCACAAAAUCAUCUAUAUUUAUAGAGGAAUAGAAGUUUAUAUAUAUAAAAUACCAUAUUUUUAAUUUCACAAAUAAAAAAAUCAAAGUUUUGUACAAAA